CUAGUGCACUAAUCCUGUCUGAACCUGAACAGAGAAGGUUUCGUCACAAUUUGAAGACUGAUGGAGUUUCUGAACACAAUCCGGUACACUGCGUUGUUCGUGAGAUGAGUGCAACGAGCUCACAGCUCGGUCCAGAAAUUCUUGAUCGAUCCGGAAGUAAGCCAGAAAGAAUCGACUGUUGCCAAUCAACUUUGCUACUGCCACAACGAUUUAUUGUAUCUAAAGGUUCAUGUCUCAGUUGA